GUAUCUAAUAUCAAAUAAGAGGCAUGGUAUGAACUAAACAAUAUUACUAGACAGCUAUAUUUCAUUAACCGAAAAAUCGAACCGAGAAGAAGGAUAUAAAAUAUUAGAAGAAAUUGAAAUCAUUGGUUCAAAAUAGUAAUUGAAAUUACCAAGGAACGAUAACCAUUCAUAAGGAAAUAUAUUUAAACAUUAAUACUUACUUAGUGCUUAGUGUUUCCAUUAGUGAUCAAUAAUGUGGAGGACUCAUUGCUUUUAUUUGUGAUUUGUGACAUUUUUACGAACGAAAUAUGAUUCAUCCGUUGAGUCAGCAACAUUCGAACCUGUUUUCUGGGACCAUUCCAGGGAUGUACACAGGCGUAUCGUUACCCCAGAAUCACGGAUCGGCGUUUGUUGGUGCCACUGGACAGACUUCAUUUUUAAUAGACGAUAUACUCGGAAAUCCGUGCUCCUCGGCUAAUAUGACAUUAUCCCCCAAAUCUAACUUGGCUCGACCAACGCCCAUCAACCCCGUUACCUUACAAACGAACUCAUUAACGGGGCCGUUAUCGGCUUCUAACCUUUACAAACCGUUAGCCAUAUACGAUCCGUCCGUUUUAUCCCCGGCAUACCUACCACACAUGGGUUACCCCGGGGCUUACGUCAAUCCAGCAGUUUAUUCUUUACCAUUUAACAGAUCUGAACUCAGUUUAUUAGACAGACAUCUACCCUUUACAAAAGGCCCGAAGCCAAUGUUUUGGAAUCCCUACCUCCAACGUCCAUUACACAAGCGAAAAGGUGGUCAAGUUAGGUUCUCCAACGAUCAAACGUUAGAACUGGAGAAAAAGUUUGAAUCGCAGAAAUAUCUGUCACCACCUGAGCGAAAAAAGCUGGCCAAAAUUUUAACCUUAACGGAGAGACAGGUAAAAACUUGGUUUCAAAAUAGAAGGGCAAAAUGGCGACGAUUAAAACAGGAUUCGCCUACAAACGAAGACGUUGAACCAGGAGAAGGUAUGGAAAACAAUGAAUCAGAGAAAAGAGAAAAUAAACAAAUAGACGGGAUGAGAGAGGAUACGGAUUGUUCUGCAGAUGAGAUUGAUGUUGAUGAUGAACAUUGUUAAAGUGCUAAUUCAAUAUGUUGUGAACGGAUAUUUUAUUUAUGUUAUAUGAACGAACCUACUGGUAUUUUACUCUAGACAGAUAAAACAAUUAUGAACAAAAACAAAGAAAACGGGAAAUACUACCAAAUGUCAGAACAGAAAAAUAAUUGUUGGCGGAUUUGUUGUUCAACUGGAGCUUUUACGUCCACUUCCACCUUCAGGCGAUAUCACUGAUAAGAUUGCUUAAAUCUUAUAUGAACUGUAGAAAAGGGACAUGUUUCAAAUGGAGUGAAAUGAAAUGGGGUUAACGUCCUACUUUUCUGGAUGUUUCAAAAGGGGAAUAAGACAUAUAGUCUUUUUGAUGCUAUUACAUUCAAAUUUAAAUGUGAAUUUUAUUUUAAGUGUGCAUCACAAAUCAACGAGCGAUAUGUAUGUUUUGCGUAUUUAUAAUAGCCAAAUAUGAUCUGUGUCAUAUUUAAAUGAAUAAUUUAAUAAAUUGUUGUGGUGUAUAAUUUAAGAGACAAGAUCGGUAUUUACUAAUUAAGGGUAACAUACGUACUUGUUAUUUUGUGAAGUCUAAAAAAUUAAAAUAAAACACAGCAAUAUAAUGCUCAUUGUCUGGCUUACAUAUUUCUUUCUUUUUCUUCUUUUUUUUUGUCGAUUUCCAUAUUUAAUAUAUGUACUUCUAAUUUCAAAGAUCAUGGAAUUCAAUUAAAAUUGAUAAAACUCUUAAAUAAAUGCUAUUUAUUUAAUUUUAUACACAACAAAUUAACUUACAGACUCUCCUAAAUGUCAAAAUCCGAAAUCCUAUUCUGUGGGACAACGACACAAGAUAUUUGAUACGAUCUGUGCUGGUUUGUUAUUUGUUUUUAUUUUCUGUUUCUAUUUCUUUGUACAAAAUGAUGACCCUGGUAUGUAAUUCUCAACUCCAAACUACUUCUAUAUUAUUAUAAAUCAUAAAUGAUUUUGAGACAUAAAAUCAUUGUGCUAUUUUAUAAAGUGCUAUAUUUUCAAUAUUUCUAUUCAGUCGGGACAGUAUAAAUAUUUGCUUUGUUACAAUUCUUCUUUUUUACCAUCGGAAAGUUAAUAGUAAGACUCUGUAACUAGAAUUUAUGCGUAAUAUAUUUAUUAUCACUAAAGAAUUCAAUUUACCAACAGACUUUCUUUAUUAAUAUACUAUGACUUUAAUAAUAAGUAUACUAUGUUUUAUUAAAAACUUAUUUAUCAUUUUUCUCCCUUUUCUUCACUUUAUUAUGUUUUAAAUUAAAAG